AUGGACUCUGAAAGGAUAACUGAGCAGUCCGCAGACAGCACGCAGUUGCCCUCUCCCGAAGCUGAAAUUCUGAAAUCCGCGAUGUUUAUGCAUUUCAAAGUAUCUGGGGGACCUCACAUGGACGCACUCCUGUACAAUCAAGCCACGAUCAUGAAGAUGAUUCAGGACAUCCGCUUAAUGCAGUCUCGGGGCCUAGGCAAACGUACUGUUGGCAGCGACGACCAGGUUGAGAUGGAUGUUGAUGCUCCAACUACGUCAAUCGAAUUCGCAAAAGAGGCUCGGUCAAUGUUCGAGUUUUUCAAAGACAAGCUGACUCAGUACUGGGAUCGUGAGAGUGACCAGUGGGACUUCGAAGACGUAGACGAAGUGGUCUACCACAGAAUGACGCAAUUGCUCAAGAAGAUCGAGGGAAGUGCAAUGGCGAUCCAAGAACUUCACAUUUCGUUGGGCAAAGCUCAAGCUGAUAAGGGAGGCCCCAAAGGCACGAAGCGCAAGAGAUCGACGGGUGCAACCGGUGCACAGGAAGCUGAAAGCCUCGUUACCGCGGCUGGCACAAGUCCUGGUACACGUCGACGAACCACCGAGCCUCUGUCAGUCGGAGAUGCAGCUAUUGACAUGCCGGAUGAGUACGAUUACGACGACCUUUAUAAUCUUGAGGAGGAGACAAGAAUGUUCUCACGCCUCACAAUGAGGAUGGUGAAGCCUCGCAAGGCCAUUAAAGAGUUUUUUCGAUCUGGUGAGCUCAAGAACGAAGAGGAUGUCAAGGCUGCUAUUCAGGAAAGCAAGGAAGAUGCUGCAUUGCGAAGAGUUUACAGUCUGAUGGUGGACUGA